CUCUUACAUUUUAAGGACUUGGGACGAAGAACCAGCAAGUGAGCGAGCGUAAGAGUGAGCGUACAAGGCGACGAAGAGUUGACAUGCACGUUCUGAACUCCAGUCACAUCAUUUUAUUUCUCCACCUCCAUCCUUGAAAGAUCGCCUUCAGCCUUCAUCCCUCGCUCCUUUCAUUCAUCAUUCUCAACCUCCUCUUCACCAUGAUCGACUGCCACGCUCACAUAUACCCUCCCACCAUCCCCACAGAAUCCAUCGCCCCCUUAUUCCAACGCGCCAAAGCCGCCGGUCUGACCUCAAUUCUCUCCGUCUCCGAAACCCUCGUCGACGCCCGCCAUAUCGUCCGCCUAUCGGUUCAACACCCCAACUUCCUCUUUCCCUGCGCGGGUCUGCACCCAGCACAGCCCCUCCGCGAUGCUGACGGCGCAACCAUCGGUGUCCGAUCCGUACUCGAGUCCGACCUCGAGGGCGUCUUUGAAUUCAUGCAGGAUAAUAUCUCGCGCCUUGUCGGUAUCGGCGAGGUUGGGCUCGAUUUUACACUCCCGGUCCUCAACUCCCCACACAACAACCAGAUACGACUAAAGACUCAAGAGGACGUCAAGACGGAACAGCGUAAAGUCUUUGCGCGCCAGGUCCGGUUUGCGAUCCAGAACCAUCUCCCGCUGAAUGUGCAUUCAAGAAGUGCAGGGCAUCAUGCGAUCACAUUGUUGGAAGAACUCGAUGCCAAGGACGUAGUUCUGCACGCAUUCGACGGGCAAUUGAAGUAUGUACGGAGAGGGUUGGCAUUGGGAUAUUACUUCUCGAUACCGACUAGUGUAGUCAGGACGCCACAGCAGCAGGUGCUGGUCGAGGAGGUGCCAUUGGAGUUGAUGUUGCUCGAAUCCGAUACACCAUGUCUGGGACCAGAGAAGGGCGUGAGCAACGUACCCUCGAAUCUUUGUUACGCGGCGCAGGAGAUCGCACGCAUCAAGAACGUGGAUCUGGAGACUGUGAUUAAUCAAACGACAAAAAACGCGUACAAGCUGUUCCCAAAGAUUCGGCCGCAUCUUCCUACCUUAUCAAUCAUUUAACGUACCUUUUCCCAUCUCGCAGGUACUGCAAUAAAAGAAUGUAACAAAG